UGGCUUUUCUAUCACAGCACGCGGCGCCAUCGACCACACUAGGAUAAAACUUCCGGCAAUGGAGAAGUUGCUCACGAUUCUCGCCAUCGUGGCGUUAGCGGCCGGUAACCCCGUAAACGUAACCCGGACCGACGAGAUCAGUCUGAGGAUGGACGGGCGUAUCGUGGGCGGCGAGGAAACCACCAUCGAGCAAGCUCCGUAUCAAGUGAGCUUGGAGAAAUUAAGAUCCAACAAGUUGUUCACCCACGCCUGCGGGGGUAGCAUAAUCUCGAAGAACUGGGUGGUAACCGCGGGCCAUUGCGUCGACUCCAAAAUUCUAUCGAAUUACCAAAUCCGGUCGGGUUCGACGUACGUCCACCAAGGCGCGGUUCACCGAGUGCAGAAAGUGGUCAGACACAAUAACUUCGAAUCCGAGGGCAGCAUCCCCGUCAACGACAUAUCGCUGUUUCGCGUGGUGGACGCCGACGCGUUCAAGUUCAACGACCAACGGAAGGCGGUGCCAUUGUUUUCCGGGAAUGUCGAGAGUCUGGCUGGAAAGAACGCGAUAGUCACCGGUUGGGGAACCACCGACGACAUUGACGAACCGUCCGCGCUCCGCAAAGUCUCGGUACCGGUGAUCACGGCAAAAUCGUGCAACGAGGCGUACGAAGAGUUGUACGAUAGAAUACCACCGGGUCAAGUUUGCGCCGGUCUCAUGAAGGGAGGGAAGGAUGCCUGCCAGGGUGACUCUGGUGGUCCCUUGGUCGUAUCUGGACAACUCGUCGGUAUCGUUUCUUGGGGAGUGGGAUGCGGAACACCCAACUACCCGGGAGUCUACACGGACGUGUCUUACUAUCGCCAAUGGGUCAAAACCACCAGCGGAGUCUAAUCAAGCUGACUAAACGUGGUUGGAAACUCAAAAGACGAUGGCAACUAUCCGAUCACGUUUACGGCAACUCAAAAGUGUUCCUAAUGUUCGCUGUUGAAACUUUCAACAGAAAAGAUGUGUACGCGUUAGAGUUAAGUUCUCAAAAUAAUUUAACUAUUGUUGAAUCCGAUACUUUUUGUAAAAAUUGUACCAAAAUAGGAUUGUAAGAACUAAAUUACAUUAUGUCUUUCAAAUUUGAUCCCCUUGUUUUAAUUCCCAGAACUGUAUCCUAGAAUAAGUUCGGUAUAAGGGUUUGUUAUGAUCAGCUGCCUGUUAUAUGGGAACUCAAAU